GCUGACGGGCUUUUCCUAGAGCUGGCGAGGGCGGGGCCGCAGUGGGAGCUGCCGCUGCAUCUGGGCCCGCGGAGGGGCAGGUGAGGGCUGUGAGGGACGGAGCUACCUCCAGAUCUCAUUAUGCAUCAGAAAAAUGAAAAAACAGAGGAAAAUUCUAUGGAGGAAAGGAAUCCACUUAGCCUUUUCUGAGAAAUGGAAUACUGGAUUUGGAGGCUUUAAGAAGUUCUACUUUCACCGGCACUUGUGCAUUCUGAAAGUAAAGUUGGGAAGGCCAAUUACUUGGAGCAGGCAGUUGAGGCAUUUGCAGUGUAGAAAGAAGGCCCUUCAAAUCCAGAAAACGUGGAUCCAGGAUGAACCCCGUUUUGCUAAGACAAAGUCGAAUGUGGCUGCUGAAAGUGUUAGUACUUUGUCCUCUAAAGUGAAAAGAAAAAGCACUAAACACUUCAUUUCCUCAAGGACUCUCCUGAAACUCCAAGCAGAAAAGUUGCUGUCAGCAAAGAAUUCUGACCAUGAGUAUCGUGGAGAGAAAAGUCUCUUGCAGGCAGUUGCUGACUUACCAGAAAAUAGUGUUUUAGGUCAGGCCGUUGGUCACAGACCUAGGACGGAGUUGCAAGCUUCUGACUUUCCCAUGAAGUUCAAUGGGGACAGCCCAAGUUCAGGUGAGGGUGGUGCAGUUGUGGUCACCUUGAGCAACCAUAAGAGAAAGCGCUUUUGUUAUGGCUGCUACCAAGGGCUGGAGCACCACAGGAAUGGGGGAACCCUGACUCCAAAAAAGUUCCAGCUUAACCAACAUAGAAGAAUAAAAGCAUCUCCUCUUAUGAUGUAUGAGAAAUUAUCCAUGAUCAGAUUUCGGUACAGGAUUCUCAGAUCCCAGCACUUCAGAACAAAAAGCAAAGUUUGCAAGCUAAAAAAAGCCCAGCAAAGCUGGGUGCAGGUCACUGGGGACCACCAAGAGACUCUUAGGGAGAACGGUGAGGGUGGCAGUUGCAGCCCAUUCCCUUCCCCAGAACUUAAAGACCCUUCUUGUCAGCAUCAACCGCACUUCCCAGAUAUGGACAGCAGUGCUGUGGUGAAGGGAAACAACUCUCAUAUGGCUGAUGGCUGCACUAAAGGAAGCCCUUUCUUGGGCAAGGAGCUUAGUUUAGAUGAAGCAUUCCGUGACCAACAGAAUGGCAGUGCCACAUACACCUGGGACCAGUCACCCUCUUCCUCGCCUAAGUGGGAGUUUACAGAGCUGAUUCAUGACAUCCCCUUACCAGACCAUUCUAGUAACGUGUUUAUCUCAGAAACGGAAAGAGAAACUAUGACUCUGGGUCAGGAAAAUGGAACAAGUACUGUCAAUGAUGACACAGUAAAAUUGUCAGUGUCUGGGGCAGAUCAAUCUGUAAAUAGUGUGGAUGGGCCUGUGUCUGAAGAGACUGUUCAGAAAGAGAGCUCAUGCCAGAUGGAUGAGGAUGGAUCUCGUAGGCAGAACAUUCUUAGUUCUAAGUUGCUGGACCACCCUUACUGUAAAAGUCCACUGGAGGCUCCUCUGACGGGUAGUGGACUCACACUAGAAAAUCAAGUGGGAGGUGGGAAGAACAGUCAAAAAGCAUCUGCAGUGGAUGAUGAGCAGCUGUCAAUCUGCCUUUCUGGAUUCCUAGAUGAGGUUAUGAAGAAGUAUGGCAGUUUGGUCCCACUCAGUGAAAAAGAUGUCCUUGGAAGAUUAAAAGAUGUCUUUAAUGAAGAUUUUUCUAAUAGAAAACCCUUUAUCAAUAGGGAAAUAACAAACUAUCGGGCCAGACAUCAGAAAUGCAACUUCCGUGUCUUCUACAAUAAGCACAUGCUGGAUAUGGAUGAUCUGGCAACGCUGGAUGGUCAGAAUUGGCUGAAUGACCAGGUUAUUAAUAUGUACGGUGAGCUGAUAAUGGAUGCAGUCCCAGACAAGGUUCACUUCUUCAACAGCUUUUUUCAUAGGCAGCUGGUAACCAAAGGAUAUAAUGGAGUAAAAAGAUGGACUAAAAAGGUGGAUUUAUUUAAAAAGAGUCUCCUGUUGAUUCCUAUUCACCUGGAAGUUCACUGGUCUCUCAUUACUGUGACACUCUCUGACCGAAUUAUUUCAUUUUAUGAUUCUCAAGGCAUUCAUUUUAAGUUUUGUGUAGAGAAUAUAAGAAAGUAUUUGCUGACUGAAGCCAGAGAAAAAAAUAGACCUGAAUUUCUUCAGGGUUGGCAGACUCCUGUUACAAAGUGUAUUCCACAACAGAAAAAUGACAGUGACUGUGGAGUCUUUGUGCUCCAGUACUGCAAGUGCCUCGCCUUAAAUCAGUCUUUCCAGUUUUCCCAAGAGGACAUGCCCCGAGUCCGGAAGAGGAUUUACAAGGAGCUGUGUGAGUGCCGGCUCAUGGACUAAACUCAGCAAGGCUGGGAAGUCUGACCAAGUUGGAGCAGAUGGUUUGUUACUUGAAUCUCCAAACACUUAUUUGAAUUUUUACAGAUAUUUCAGAUCAGUGGUAUUGGACCACUAUUGUUACCUCAAGUUUAUUUUUAGCCCUUAUUCAUUUCUCUAGCUACCAUGUACUAUUUUUUAAUGUUCAGUUUGGUUUCAGUUUUAACUUUAUGGAUUCCACCUGUUUCCCCCUCCCACACCCUAUAUUUAAUAUUUAUUAUCCAAACGCAUGCAUAUACACAGAGCAUGCAGUGCAGAGUAUUAAAAAAAAAAAAGCCUAGUAGACUUGGUGCAGCUUUUGAAACAGAUAUGAACUGAGUACAGGUUUAAAAUUUAAUCCCAAAACCUAAAAAUGUGGGAUGUUUUUGAUACAACAUAACUCUGAGAGUAUUAGGUGUUCCCUGGGCAUAAAAGGUAGCUAGUUGUUUUGACAAAGUCAGUCCUGUCUUUCUUUCUUUUAUCAGCAGUACCUUUCACUGACUUCCCAACUCUAGGUGAGUCUUGGAAUUUGAGUUGCAUUCCUUUUGAUGGGUGAGAAGUGGCCAAAAACUAACUGGUGUAUUCUCUUUAUGGAGGCACAUGUGAGAAUUAUAAUAAAUGCCUAUCCCUGGAUUUUUGUUUCUGACCCAUUAAAAAACUUAGUAUCAAACAAGGGGUCAAACAAAUAAGAAUUCAUUUGUAAUUUACAAGUUGGCACUUCCCUUGUAUUAUCUCCCAUAAGAAAUUAAGGUUUGCCAAAUACCUAUUUUAAGGGUAUUUAGAAUAUAAACAUUCAAAACGAAGACUGGCUUCAGGUCUUUUGCAGGUGGGUGGGGGGAAGAGGAAAGGUAAUAGAGAAGACUUGAUUCCUCAGGAGUACAGCAACUGUUAAUAGUUUUUUCCCCUUUAGCCCUUUAGAGAUCUCAGCAACAUGCAGGGCUCAUUUGGCCUCUGCUCGACCAACCCUGAGACUCUAAUAUGAGUCCUUUUUUCACUUCUAUGAACCUCACCUUCUGGAGAAAGGCAGAAGUGGCCCUGUCCUUACACUUAGCUGCAUUAGGGUCAAUACAGUGGAUCUUGCAUCUUCAAUCUAGCCUUUUGUGGUAUUUGAAAGGAAAUAAAAGAUGCAUGUUAAACUACCCAAUUAUCUGUUCUGAACUGGGCAGGAAAAGCAACAGAUAUGUAUGUAAGAAACUCAGAAAUUUGUACAGAAAAGUACCAAGAAAAUGGCAGAAGAUACUUGGGAUCUAUGCCUAGUUAGGUGUUGAAAAUAAAAAGCUAAAAUGUGCAGUUUAACUUGGCCAUAAGGUAAGGCUGACUGCAGCAGUUGAGGGUGGAGUCAGACAUGUUUACAUGCAGGGUUCCCUCCCCAGACAUUCCAAGCACCAACACCAGUGUUUACAUUGUAAACAGCCCCAGCACUUUCCUAAGUCCCCCAGACUCAAACUCCUUAGUAUAAAACCAGGUCAGUAUUUCUUACUGUGCUUCAAAUCGUUAAAAAGACUGAGAUUAGAGGCACUUUAUGCUGCUAUAGAUAGGGUUGUGUCUGCAUUAGGAAAGGUGACAAUUUAAAAUGGGGAGGAUGUUGUCUUAAGGUUUUCAGUUUUCAUACAUAAGUAUGCAAAAUGAGAUUUUUCAAAUCUGUAUGUGAUACAUUUGCCUUUUUUUUUUUUGUAGCUACACAGAGUAGCCAGUAAGUAGGCUAUUGAUUCAAAAUGUCUUAUACUUAUCUCUCUUCCUUACUGAUAGAAUUAGGCAUGUAGAAGUGUCAGAACUGUGUUCUGGCAAGAAUCUUAAUGCCCAAAGCCUGAGCUGCCAUUUCCUCCAGUCUGAGAAACUGUUGUCAUCUCAGCAUUGAGGCUUACAGGGAUGUUCGUAGAGAACCUAUAGUGAACUGUCCUUGUCCAGUUCCUCAUUCAUUUUCAGCUUUAUAGGACCCUUGAGGUGCAUUGCUCAGCAUUUUAAGUCUGGUUAAAAUGUUUCUCUGCAUUCAUGAAACUUGGUUUUAGCACACAUAGUCACUUUCCCCCCUCUUGUGAUUAGUUAUAAACCUCUAUUUAGCCCAAGUCCUACAUUAGAAUGGCCUUUGUCCUGAUGUUUGCAAUAAUUGCUUCCUUGCAACAAAGACAUUUUUGAAAUAUAGUUUGGGCUGUUGGUGGAAGAGACAGGCAUUGUUUUACUGUCACUAGCUUGGCACUGAAUUGUUGCCCACAAGGUGGGUAGACCUUAUGCUUUUGGGGUUGAGUGUAGGCCUUGUACAGACUAAAAGCUACUUAUGAUGUGCCUUCAAUAAGCUGCCCAUUUCUCUUCAUCAGCAAACUUAUCAGUCUGUAGUUGCUUCUUUCCAGUGAUUUUUUUUCCUUUUGUUAAAUUUAUAGCAAUGAAUGUAGAUUUAAUUCAACUUUUAAUUAAGAUCUCUCAAGAAUUAUAGAGAACCAACCUUCUCUUAAGGAAGGGAACCUCCUAAGGGAAAAAAAGCACUUGCUCCCAGUAGUCCCCAAAUCCCUUUUUUGGCUUUGCAUUGUAUUUUCUAUUUAUCAUUAAAUACAAGUAACACUGGUCAUCUUGAAUUCAUAGUUGGAACAAAACAGUAACAGACCUAACUGGGACACAGCCAGCACUAGUCUAAGUUGAGCUGCCCUUUUUCUCUGAAAUUGUGGUUCACUGCAAUUGUGGUUCACUGGGUUAAAAGAGAUAACUGGGAGCUCUGGGUGGAUCAGACCCAUCAGGCAAGAAACAAGUGUGAAUUAGAUAUAUUGACUACCUGCUCUGCUUACUGAUGACCAAAUUAAUUUGCAGUUAUAAAGCACAUACUUUAUGUGCUGGGCUCUGCCUCCUGGCCAGUAGACAAUAAUUAAGAAGACCUAGGGAAUACCAUCAGAGAAGUGCUAAUUGUAUUUGGGUGUUACAAAAGCAGACCUAGACAAGCUGUUCAUUUAAGUGGUACCUUUUGGUCAGAAAAAGAAUUUAUUUAAAGGUGGUGAUCAUGUAAAAUGACCCAAACCUUCUAGCAAAAAUAUUUUUUUGAAAAAUAAACUAAAUGCCUUUAUAAAUGUGUGUUCUCUUGUACUGACUAACA